AUGUCCGCUGCUUCUUCGCAUCACCCAUCUUCUGCCGCUGCGUACUCGGCGGCGUCGUCUCCAUCAUCGCCGUCCUCAUCGUCGUGCUACACCCCGACGUCAUCAUGCUCGGAUGACAGCGACUACAUCGAGACCCCCGUGCAAGCCCCAGGCACGCACAUUCCCGACCUCGCGGUUGACAAGGUGGAAGAAGACGAUAACCCCUUCGUGUUUAUGCACGUCCUAGACUCUCUCCGUUCACUUGAUGAUUAUCCCCAUAUCGGCGCCUUCGAACCUACACCCGCGCCCUUGUACUCGUAUUCGGACUUGGAAGUCGAAAUGGCCGACCCGAACGAGCUGAUCCACGUCGCAGUCGGCGUUCACGCUCCGCGGUACAAGUUCCGUGAGCUGCCCCUCCCUUCGUGCGGCGAUACCCCACCACCGCUGCUUGCACAUGGCGAAGCGGAGGUGGACGAGGAUGAGUGGUUCCCGAUGUACCACUCCAUGUGCGAGACGGCUACCGCGCGCACCGCAGCGAGGGCCGAGGUCGAUGAGGGUGAUGAUGAGUGGUUCCCUAUGUAUGGGUCGCCCCGCAAGGUCGCAACCGCGCGCGCCUGGUCGAACAAGCGUAAACGCGGAGAUGAUGCCGAGGAUACCGUCGAUCCAGAAGACUUCGGGCAUGAUGCAUCGCCGUCGUCCACGAAACGCGUCCGCAUCGAUGCACCUUCACCUCUGCUGGAUCUUCAGGGCAUCAUUGCGUGGGAACCGUACACCGCAGCGGUCGUUCGACCAGCCGAACUGGGGUUCGGACUGUUCGUUUCAUAA